UCGCCUCAAAUGCAAUUCUAGUGAUCUUUCAAUUACAUAAAAUUCAAAAACAGCAGAGAGUUACAGUGUAGCGGAAACUUUUCUCGGCAAUUUUCACGCGCUAAUGAAAAUCUGCCAAAGAGCCAACAAUAACAACGAAAAAAAAAGAAAAUCUGUAUUAAAUCAUCAAUAAAAAUAGGCAAACUAGCGGUACAAUGAGCUCAGCUGUUUGAGAGAAAAAACUAUAACCAAGCAAAGCAAAAACAACAACAAGCAAGCAACACGCACCAAAUAACACAAGCAACAACAAUAUCAACAAAAUAUGUACGAAAAAACAUUAACUCAGGGAACUGCGAAAGUUAAUAAUGCAUAUGAGUGGCAAAAAGUGAGAUACAACAACAAUAAUAAUAAUAGCAAGACAACAACAACAGCAGCAAAAACAGUUAAAGUCAAGCAACAGCAACAACAAAAUAGCAGUGCGAAAAAUGCAACAAAAGCAAUAACAACAACAACAAAAACCACAAAUCCAACAUUACCGUUGCAAACAUGCAACAGCAUAACCGUUAAGGCGCCAGCACAAAAUCAAAGCGUUAAAAUCAAAUUCGUUGGCAAUUCGGCCCGCCGGCAAACGCUGGCCCAUCAAAUAAAGCGAGCGCAUCGGCAUUUACUCACCAGCGGCGGCAACGACAAACAACCGACGCAGCAAAAGCAAAAGCACCAAGUGUUAGCACAGUCUGGCAAAACAUUUGCCAAACCGAAACAGAAGCAGAAACAAUUGUUGAAAAGUGAUAAGAAACCGAAUCAUCAUCAGCAGCAGCGAAAGCGUGGAACCAGGAACACACGCCAUCCGGGAGGCCGGAGUGACGGCGCUGAAUCUGGCCUCUCUUCGCGCUGGUGCUCCAUCGAGGCGCAGCUGAAUGUGCUGGACGACCUGCUCUACUACUGCGAUGAGGAGGCCCAGUUGCACCUAGCGCAGCUCUACAAACAGUUUAGAAGGGGCAGCAGCAGUAGCAGGAGCUACUCCCCGGCCAGCGACUUCUGGAGCGACUCGGACAUGGACAACGACAAUGACUCUAGCACCAGUGGUACUGGCAGCCACAGCAACAACAGUCAGGGCCACAGCUUGACGCCGGCCUCGCUGAAGCGACGUGGCCACCAGCAUCAUCCGCGAUUCUCCGGUACCCGCCGUCCCAAUGUACCCAAUGUGCAGGAAAUUCUGGCCGCUCUUUAUCGCGGGGACUCCAAAGGUGUUCUGUCCAAUCUCAGAGGCGAGGCGGCGCCCCCGGAAGAGGAGCAGCAGCAGCAAACGGAGAUGGCACCCAGCAGAAGCACCUUAAGCCUGCCGCUUAGCGAAUCUGUGACAAACUCUCUGGGCAGCAAUAGUCCCACGCCCACAGACGAGAGCAGUGUUCAAGAUGAGAGUGCAGCAGCGAACACAGCAGCAACGCCAGGAGUGGCCGGCGUGCCGCCAGCAGCUCCUCCGACCACUAAGAGCAAGAAAAAGAAACGAGAGAAGGGCGAAAAGUCGGAGAAUUCGGAAAAAUUGGAAAAGAGCGAACGCAAGAAGAAAUCCUCAUCUUCGGGUAAAAAGGAGCGCAGCAAGCGAUCCGCAGCCUCCGGAAACCCCAUGGAGCUGAGCAGCGAUAGUCUGGCCACCGAUCUCAGCGCCGGGGCCAUUGACGAGGGCAUUGCAUUGGCCGAUGACGACGAUAACCAGGCGGCGGAGUGGUCAAAGCUUCGCUGCACCAGCGAAGCAGCCGAGAUUGUGGCUGAGCGUGAGGCGCGCCGAAACAAGGGACGAUGUGCUGACUACCCCGGACUGGCGUUCGGCAGGUCCAUCUUCAGCUCAGACACCAUGAUGAAGUUCAACAUCAUCCGGAACGAGCUUCACAACAUCAUGAACACGCAGCUCAAACGGGCUGAAUCCGAGGUUGCUGCCCUGAACCGUCGCAUCCAGUUGCUCGAAGAAGACUUGGAGCGCUCUGAGGAGCGUCUGGGCUCCGCCACAGCCAAGCUGUCGGAAGCCUCUCAGGCCGCCGAUGAGAGCGAACGUGCUCGCAAGAUUCUUGAGAACCGCGCCCUUGCCGAUGAAGAACGCAUGGACGCUCUUGAGAAUCAGCUGAAGGAAGCGCGUUUCCUUGCUGAGGAGGCUGACAAGAAAUACGAUGAGGUGCAGCUAAAAACCAAUCUGUCUUCUACUAUGAUAAGCAACAAUAACAACAAUAGUAACAAUAGUAACAAUAUCAGUAAAUCAGAACUAUGUAAUGCUAAUGCCAACAAUAACGCAUCCAGAACUAUUGCUACUGUUGGUGAAGAGACUUCCACAUUGUCCUCCACAACCACAAGCCCCGAACACAACAACAAUCCCAAUAACGACACCUGAGAUCUGGUUCCUUUGCCAAAGCGAACAUAUUCAAUUGAUCUAAUUUGAUUUUGAAUUGAAUGAGAGGAGAAUUACUCCUCGACCCCGAAACUUGGCACAGGAAUCAAUCACCAGGAGUUGAUGUAAAACUUGUGCUUACCGCGAUGAUUAGUAGAUGAUGAAUCCAGAUGAUGAUAACGAAUGAAGCUUGAUGGCAGCUUUAGCUUAGAUCUAGGCACGCAAUGCCCGCCGCCUGACAAUAUGCAAUAUAUAUAUAUACAUGUGUAUAAAUGAUGAUGAUGUAUUAGUCGAUGUACAUACAAUGUAAAUCAAAUCCAAUGAAUUAUUGAUUGUAACUCGUGAACAAAUCCCCCCAGAUAUUGGAGGCGGUCCUAGCGAAAGCCUCGUCGUGUGUCUUAAUUUGUAAAAUACCAAUAGCAUUGUGUAAAGUAAAUGUUAAGCGGUCCAUACGAUGAUUAUGUCCACAAGUAGUCUGCUGAUUGUACUCAAUAUACAUAUACAUAUAUGCUCUUCCAUCAUGAGAAAUAUUUAGCUUGAAAAGCAUAUUACGAUAAUGAAUUGAUUGUUUUAAAAGUAAAUUGUAAUUGGGUUUAUAUUCCCUUGAUUUGUUUGUUUAUUUCCAUUUGAUUUACGUACAUGUAAAGAAAAUGUAAGGUUUAUUCACGGUAUAUAUGCAUAAAACACCAAACACCUUAAAAUUAUAAAUUAUAACCCAAGAAAAUGUCUAAUUUUGGAUUA